AAUGCCUUAAAAUUACAAUUUCAUCUUUAAAAUAAAAACACUACCUUGUGGAAUUGGAGAAUACUAUAGUAAAAAAUAGUGUUUAAAAUGUGAUUAUGAUAAAGGGUAUUAUUCAGUAAGAAAAAACUCUGUGGAAUGUUAAAGAUUAGAUCCAACCAAAAUGAAAUCAGUGACCUCAUAUUAAAUAGAGUUACUUACUGGAUUUUGGAGACAUUCUUAUUAUUCUCAUUAUGUUGAGUAAUGUGAGAAUUCUGCUUCUUGUUUAGGAGGAUGGAAUGUUGAUUAUGAAUCAUGUUCAAUAGGAUAUAUUGGAGCUAUUUGCAAUGAAUGUGAUAUUUAUAAUAUUAGAGGACAAUAUUCUUAUAUCAAAUCUUUAUCAGGAAUAUGUUAAAAGAAAGAGAAACAAUAAGAAAUCCUCUUAAUAACCUUUGUUUUAAUGUUAUUGUAAUUAAUCAUUUGAUAUUAGUAUUUUUGUUAUUACCUAUGUGAUAUCCUUACUUAAAUCUGAGAUGCAUAUGAUGUUUAAACGAAUGAAGUAGUUGACAAUACAUUAUAGAAUAUUAUUUCAAUGUGAAAUAGGUAUAAAUUUAAUGAUUCUGAAGAUCAAUUGA